UAAAACGGAUUGCGUGGAUAAUGCAAAUGAUCUUUACUACUUAAGUGUCUAUAUACCAGUAGAAAUCUAGAAGGGAGACAAGACGAAUUUUGACUGAAUAUAGUACAGCUGAGGAUUCAACCCUACUUGAUCCAAUCAAGAAGAAAACAACCAAAACUGGAUAUGUACUGUAGUCACACGAGUGGACACAGAUUUCUUUUCUUUCAUCAGAGACUUUGAACGCAGUUCGCCAAGUUGAAAGGCAGUGUCCUUACUCACCCUGUGCCACCCCUGAUUUUGGAAAAACAUAGGACCAUCGCUUUGUGGAGGACAUUUUUUGGUGGGGAUAGGCAGUGCAAGCCACAGGAAGCUCUGUAGUUACUGAAGCUGCUUGCCAUGUCCGAUGUGGUCUAAUUACAUCUUCUCUUUGGAUUAACACAGGUGUCCCCUGUAUCCUGUUUCUUGGAUUUAGCUUCAACAGUUUACAGGUUUCAACAAAAUUUUAUUUAUGACAAGUAAUGUUUGCUUUUCACCCGCAUUGCAUGGGACUUAUUUUCAAAAAUGACUUGUCUUUGCAAUCAGCUGCCAUCUUCACUCUGUGAUCCGCAUCGCAGCAGGAAAUACAAACUCUAAAACCUUUUUCCAAUUGAAUGCAUGAGCCAACCGUCAGAUAAAUCUGUGUGUAAAUUGGCCUGACCUCUGCCCUUUGAUUGUGAACCUGCAAUGAACUGCACUCCUAAUGCCACCAUCACUCCACAGCUGGGACUAGUCCUGAGCCCAGGGCCUGGAGAUGGAGGGUCCCAGGAGAAUGGUGGUGGUUGUGGUGGUGGUGGUGGUGGUGGUGGUGGUGGAGGCAGUGGGGGCCUCUGGGUGACAUUCCUGCUCGGUGCCACACUGAUGAUCAUGUGCGCCAUGGGUGUGGCGGGCAACACGUACACCCUCAUCAUUACCCGUUCAGCCGCCUUGCGCCGGACAGGCUCCAUGUACGUUUACAUCAUCAAUCUGGCUCUGGCAGACCUGCUCUACCUCUCCACCAUCCCCUUUGUGGUCUGCACCUACUUCGCCCACGACUGGCUGUUUGGCGAGGCCGGCUGUCGCAUCCUGCUGAGUAUCGACCUCCUCACCAUGCAUGCCAGCGUCUUCAUCUUGGUGGCUAUGAGCCUGGAACGCUACCGUGCCGUCGCUCGGCCCUUCAGCGCCCACAGGUCCUCGUCCCGGAAACGAAAGCUAGUGGCAGGGAUUAUCUGGGGUUUGGCUUUCGUGCUAACGCUUCCCAUGAUGGUGAUGAUCCGACUCAGGGAGGGCAAACCAACUGCGGCUGGUUUGGUUAAGAGCAUAUGCUUCCCUACCUGGACCCCUGAGGCCUUCAAGGCUUACAUCACGGUCCUGUUUCUUACAAGUGUUUUAGUUCCUGGAUUGGUAAUCGUCGGGCUGUAUAUGGGGCUAGCCAGCCGCUACUGGGCAGUGCAGGCUAGUUUAGGAGGUAGCAGCUGGUCUGCCCGGAGGAGAGGACUCAAACAAAAAGUCGUGUCAAUGAUCUUUAGCAUCGUAAUGGCCUACUGGGCUUGUUUCUUGCCUUUCUGGGGAUGGCAGCUAGCCAGACUGUUCUCUCCAGAGUCCCUCAAAGCUUUGUCUCCAGCUGCUCAUAAUUAUGUCAAUUUCUUUGUCACGUGUCUGACCUAUGGGAACAGUUGCAUCAAUCCAUUUCUUUACACUCUUCUGACCCGGAACUAUAAAGAUUACUUAGCCCAGAAAGGUCAGUCUGUGGGUUCAAGCAGGGCUGACCCUGGGUCAGCUGUAACUUUGCCACUGCAGGACCUCUAG